CUUUGCGGAGCAUCGCGUCCUUUUCGGAUGCGAGGCGUCAUGGAUUCUCUCCAGAACGGCCCCUCGGACCGGAGCUCGUCCCGGCCCGCCCCCUCCCCGCCGCCGGAGCGGCUCAACGGCACGCCGAGCCCGUCCUGGGACGACGCGGCCGACCUGGAGAACAUGCUGCUGUGGACCCUGCGCGAGCCCGGCACCAUCGCCUUGACCCUCCUGUACAGCCUGUCCUUCCUGCUGGGCUUCGCCGGCAACCUGACGUCCCUGCGGGUGCUCGCCGCCAGCCGCAGUCGGCGUUUGGCCGCCGUCAGCGCCACCCGCAGCCUGCUGCUCAACCUGGCCGUGUGCGAUCUGGCCGUGGUGUGCGUGUGCAUGCCCAUCACGCUGGCCAGCCGCAUCUACACCGCCUGGGUGUACGGCGACCUGCUGUGCCGCGCCGUCCCCUUCACGCAGGCCGUCUCGGUGUCGGCCAGCGUCCUGACGCUCAGCGUCAUCAGCGUCAACCGCUACUACAGCGUCCGCUCGCCGCUCAGGGCGCGCUCCAUGUUCACCCGCCGGCGCGUCCUGGCCACCGUCGCCGCCGUGUGGGCCGCCUCGUCCGCCGUGUGCGCCCCCAUCGCCGUCGUCAACCGUCGGCGGGAGAUCGGCUUCGGCGGCUUUUCCAUUCUGGUGUGCCAGGAGGAGUGGCCCAAGCAUCGCCUAAAGCAAGGGUACAACGUGUUGCUGUUCGCGGUGCUCUAUUGCCUUCCGGUCACCUUCAACCUGACUGUCGGCUUCCUGACCGGCCGGCGACUGUGGGGCGGCACGCGGUCGGCCUUCGCCGACCUGGACCCACGCAGCCGGGCCCUGCACGCCUCUCGCCUGAAGACCCGGCAGAAGAUCGCCAAGAUGGUGGUGUGCCUGGUGCUGCUGUUCGCCGUCUCGUGGCUGCCGCUCUACGUGGCCGACCUGUGGAUC